CUUCGAGUAUUUGCAGAGACAGAGACAGAGAGAUGGAGAGAGAUCAGAUGACUACAUGCCUUGCUUAGAGAUUGAAACUACAAAGAGAUAGUGCCUAAAAACCUGUUGAAUUAGGGUUUUUGAGUCCACAAUAAACUUCUUUGUUGAGCUUUUGAAUUAGGGUUUUGAUAAAUUGAUUGUUUCAGGGUUUGGUGUAAAAUACUUAGGGUUUUUAUUUCAGUGUGCAUUUGAUUCAGUAUUCAUUUUUUGUACGGACUCUUAGUGGGUUCUAAUGAAAGUGAGGCUAUUAUAAGGGUGGUCCUAGGGUUUGGUCUGGUUGUGUGUAGUUUCUAUGGGGAGCACGGGUGAGCCAGACCGAAAGCGGCGUCACUUUACCUCCAUAUCACCAACGGCCGCUACCACGAAGAAGCACCCAUUCUUUUCCUCUUCUGAGGACAAAAAGAUUGAUACUGCAGUUCUUCACUUCCAAAAUCAAAAGCUUGUACAGAAGUUAGAGGAGCAGAAGGUUGAGUAUUCUGCUCUUGAUAAUAAGUUCACUCAACUGAAGGAGAGACAACAGCCUUAUGAUUCCACAUUAGAGGUGGUGAAUAGGUCUUGGGAAGAGCUGGUCACUGAUCUGGAAUCACGUUCCAUCCAAGCAAGAGAGUCAAGAAGUGGACAAGAUUUUAGAUGUUUAUCAAUUACAGACGAUGAGACACGUUAUCCUGCAGAAGAUGCUUUUCUUAGUCGACUUACGGAAACCGGUGCAACUGAAAGUUCCUCUUCUGAUAACUGCCCUAGUCAGAUGGAAGAAGAUCGAGAAACUGCCUCUGAAAAGACUAGGAACAUCUUAUGUAAUAUGUUAGUUGCAGUUAACAGCCUUUGUCAUCUGAAGGAUGGACUAUAUGCUGCUGUUUUGAAAGAGGCUCCGGGGGAUGGUUCAUGCAGACAGAAAUCAUCUGUUGACUUACAGUCUGAAGUUAAAAAUCUGAGAUUAGAAUUAAGUGAUCUUCACUUGAAGCACAAAUCGUUGGCUAGGAAAUUGCAGAACCGUCAAGACAUUGAUGCAAAAAAUAAAGCUGAGCUUAAACGUUUAAGAGGCGAAUUGGAGAGUGCGGUUACAGAAUUAGAGGAAAGUAAUUGUAAAUUGGCAACUCUUAAAGCCGAAAGAGAUGCAACGAAAGGGGCAUUUUUCCCUGUUUUAAACCUAGGUAAUAAGCUUCCUGGUGAUAAGGUCAGAGAUGAAGAAAGAGAUGUGCGACAUAUGGAAUCUUCUCUCAAAGAGCUAAGGGACCAAGCUUCACAUAGACUGUUAGAACUGAAAGGUCUUCAUGAUGAGAGAAUAAAAAUACUAGAGCAGUUAUUUAAGUUGCAGAGCAAAUUGAAGAGUGUGAAGUGUCUUACUUCUUCCCAAGCUUUCAUAUUGGUUAGAGAUCAACUAGAGAAUUCAAAAUCUGAAGUUAUCAAGUACCAGGCAUUAUUUGAGAAACUACAGGUUGAGAAGGAUAAUCUUGCAUGGAGGGAGAUGGAAUUGAAUAUGAAAAAUGAUUUGGUUGAUGUUUUUCGAAGAUCUUCGGCUGUUUCAGAUUCAAGAAUUGCUGAUCUAAGGAUGGAGAUACAAAAUCAAAUUGAUGAAAAACUCAGGACUGAGACAAGACUGGGAGAAGCAUCAAGAGAACCUGGAAGAAAAGAGAUUAUUGCAGAAUUUAAAGCCCUGGUUUCUUCAUUUCCUGAGGAAAUGAGCUCUAUGCAAAGUCAAUUAAGUAAGUACAAAGAGACUGCUCUGGAUAUUCACACACUACGGGCAGAUGUGCAGUCCCUUUCUAAUGUACUUAAUCGGAAGGUAAAAGAGUGUGAAAGUUUAUAUGCGAGAUCAGCCAGCCAAGUUGCUGAAGUACAUAAGUUGCAAGCUAUGGUUCAAGAUUUGACAGACAGUAAUCUGGAAUUGAAAUUGGUUUUGGAUAUGUAUAGACGUGAAUCCACAGAUUCGAGGGAUGUCAUGGAAGCUAGGGAUUUGGAAUACAAAGCAUGGUCUCAUGUUCAAAGUUUGAAAUCCUCUCUUGAUGAGCAAAACUUGGAAUUACGAGUGAAGACAGCCAAUGAAGCUGAGGCCAUAUCCCAGCAAAGGCUAGCCGCUGCAGAGGCUGAGAUUGCUGACAUGAGACAGAAGUUGGAGGCUUUUAAAAGGGAAAUGGUUAGGCUUUCUGAUGCCUUGAAAUCCAAAAAUGAAGAGAUUGAAGCCUACUUGUCGGAAAUAGAGACAAUUGGACAGGUAUAUGAUGACAUGCAAACACAAAACCAACAACUGUUGCAGCAGAUUACGGAAAGAGAUGACUAUAACAUUAAGCUUGUUUUAGAGGGUGUGAGAGCAAGACAAAUGCAGGAUGCUUUACUUAUGGAAAAGCGUACCAUGGAAAGGGAGAUUCAGCGAGCGAAUGCAUCUUUUAAUUUCUAUGAUAUGAAAGCUGCAAGAAUUGAAGACCAGUUGAAAUUUUGUGUAGAUCAGGUUCAGAAACUUACGGAAGACAGAUUUCAAAAUUCGGUUACUUUGGAAAAUACCCAAAAGAAAUUGUUAGAUGUUAGAAGAUCAUCUGUACAAGUGAGGGAGUCAUUGGAAGAAUCUCAAUUGAAGGUUGAUGAUAAUCGAUUGGCUCUUAUGAAGCAGCAGAUAGAGUUAGAAAGAGAAAGAUAUUCCAAGAAAAGAAUAGAGGAGGAAUUGGAAGUUGCCAGGAGAAAGGUUUUACGCCUUCAAGCCCCGACAGAGGGGUCCUCAAUUGUAAAAGAGCUACGAGAGGAACUUAAAGAAUACAGAGAAAUACUCAAGUGCAGUGUUUGCCUUGAAAGGCCAAAAGAGGUUGUCAUUACAAAGUGCUACCACUUGUUCUGCAACCCUUGUGUACAGAGAGUUACCGAAAGUCGUCACCGCAAGUGUCCAAUGUGUGCUGCAAGUUUCGGUCCUAACGAUGUUAAACCUGUUUACAUCUGAUCUGCUGCUGCUCAAUAACGUACUGUCCAUCUUGAAGCACUUGUGACCUGGUUCCUUUAACUUGACAUAAGGAUGCCCAGAGGAUUACAUUUAUUACUGUAUUUGAGAAUUGUGGAGGUAAAACAGAUAUCAACGGGGACCAGAGUGGCUUCUCCUGUCCACUUACUAGCUGGUCAAAUCACCGUGGAUUUGCUGGUUGGUUUUCUAGGUUGUUAAUGUUGAUUAUUUGAGUUCACUGUAUUUAUUUUUUUCACCCUCUUCAUUUCAGAGCCUCUGGAAUCUUUCAAUUUAUUGUCUGCAGAUUUCAGAAUGAUCCAAUGCUAUUUUCAAAGGUCAUGGAGGUUGCAUGACAUUAUUAUGAUUAAAAAUUAUGAUGCUAGGCCUCAAAAAACCAAAAAAAAAAAAAAAAAAAAAAAGA